AUGUCUUCUGCGCUGGAUAUCAGACAAUCUCGUGUACUAAAAUCUCGGCCAUUGAGCAAUGAUGAUGCAAAGUGGGUUGGAUUACGUGCCAUCGACUGGAAAGAUGCAUCCGGCAAGGCGAGGGUGUGGGAAUCAGCGGAUCGCCGGACACGCGCAGGCGAUGUAGAUGCUGUUGCAAUUUUAGCCGUUGUUAAGAGACCAUCUUUGGAUCCGCAUGUGCUCCUUGUCAGCCAGUUCCGACCACCCGUUGGCUCAUGUGUGAUUGAGCUUCCGGCUGGCUUGGUUGAUGCUGGUGAAGAGGGAGAGCAGGGAGCAAGGUCAGCAGCCCUUCGAGAACUAUACGAAGAGACAGGUUUUAGUGAUUCGGCCAAAGGCGUUACUAUCACCGUUAAGUCGCUCUCAACAAUCAUGUACAAUGAUCCUGGCCUAACCGGUGCAAAUAUGAAGCUCUGUGUAAUUGACAUUUCCCUUGACCGUGAUGCACCUGAGCCUCUAGCGGAGCCCGAUGAGGGGGAAUAUAUUGAAAAACACCUGGUUCCCUUGCGUCAUUUGAGCGAAAAUCUACGAGGUAUGAUGCCUUUUAUUGACACCAGAAUUCGAAACCAAAGGCUAUGCGAUUGA